AUGGUGAAUCCCAAUUCAGGAUCAUAAAUCUUCCAAGGAACCGAAGUCGUCCAGGAGCUCUUAAUGUGCCAGAAAAAUUUGAAGACAGUCCAUUGUCAUCUCCUACUGGGCGUCAAUCACAGCUAGGUAGAAAUGCAAGUGGCGGUCAACUGAGGAAGUUGUUCAAAGAAUUUCAUAUGGGUCGAUCAAGUAGCUUCCGGAAGCUACUUGAGCCAAGCAUAUCAGACAAACCAGGAAUUACUCCUUACAGGGUUGUCCUUGGUAAUGUGAAAGAAAAGCUGGUGAAGACACGUAGGAGACUCGAACAUCUUCUUGAGGAUUUACCGUGCGAUUAUGACACUGAAGAAUAUUGUGAAACAUCAGAUCAACUUUUGGAGCCCUUGCUCUUGUGCCAUCAAUCACUGGAAUCAUGUGGAUCUAGUGUGCUUGCUGAUGGCCGGUUAGCAGAUUUGAUACGAAGGGUUGCAACCUUUGGUAUGGUGCUAAUGAAGCUCGAUGUGCGCCAGGAAUCUGGUCGACACACAGAAGCACUUGAUGCCGUCACAUCUUACUUGGAUCUUGGUGUUUAUAGUGAGUGGGAUGAAGAAAAGAAGUUGGAUUUCUUGACUAGAGAGCUGAAAGGGAAGCGUCCUCUUGUUCCUCCAAACAUAGAGGUUGCUGCUGAUGUGAAAGAAGUUCUGGACACCUUCAAAGUUGCUGCAGAAUUAGGGAGCGACUCACUUGGAGCAUAUGUGAUCUCCAUGGCCUCAAAUGUAUGA